AUGUGUAGCUCCUUGAAGUCCACCAAAUUUGGUCUCGUUCCUCUCUUCAAAGCACUAAAAUCUUCACUACUACAAAGCAACCAAAAAGACUCCCGAAAAGCACGAUACCUAGGUAUGGUCUCCAACACAGCCGACGUUGCCUGUGCAGCCCUUGUCGCACCGACCUACCACAUAACUAUCAAAGCAUCUGAAGACAAGAGCCUCUAUGCCAAAAUCUACGCUAUCGAUGAUGACCAGACACCUCUUUCUGUACGACCACAUCGUUCAGUAGGCACAGCAGUCAACGACUUCAUGCACAAGCACUUCACUUGGAACACAGAGCCUGAUAGAGGAUACAACUUGAGACCAUGA